CAAUGGUGGAAUAUCCUGAAAAAGAAAAUUAAGAAAAUACAUUAGAAGGUUUAUAAAAAUAUUAGUUUUAUUUAGAGGUUUUUAUAUUAAAUAAGCUGUUAAUGAUAAUAAUGAUAAUUAAUGCAUCCAAUUGA